AUGGCAGAGACAGCAGACAGAUACAAGAUGCUUGAAAUGCUAUAUAGUCUAUCUCCGAACAGAGGUUUUCCUAAAGCACUGAACGGCGAUUAUAACUUCUGUUACGGUGUGUUUCAUAAAAUUAUAUCUCCCUCUUUUAAAACUGAGCCUUUAGGAGGAGCUUUGCUGGAGCCAAAGGUGAAUUGGUCUUUGACUCCGCCUUUCUUAUCAGGAUUUGUUCUCAUUCGAAAAACUGCUUUCAGAAGAUCGAGCCUUCAUCAGAAUGGACGAACCAGUUUCAACAGGCAUGUCUCAUUAGCUGAACACAUUAGCCAAUCUUCAUAUAUCCAGAUGGAAGCCGACUUUGAAAAUGGCGGACCUACUACUUUUGAUCAGAUUCUUCUGAAGCAACUUAUGCUUCUGUACACUUUACGAAAGUCGCAACCACAGUGCGCGGACUUUUCCACUGUUCUCAUAUUUAGGAGCAAUUUCAAGGACUUUUUCUUCGCUGGAAGUAUGGAAAGAAGUUCAAAUUUGUCUGAUGAGAUGGGAAUUAUCAACUAG